ACUGAUGAAGAAGAAGAACAAUGGCUGCAUGUGAACUGUUGAUGCUGUUUUUUUUCUGGUUGCUCUGAACCUCGUAACAUUCAUCUUCAUUGCACGAUCCGUCAUUCCGCCGGGUGUUGGAGAUCUCGGAGCACUCAGAGAGUCGACACAAUGUUACAUAAGCAACGGAACUCGGUCUGAGCCCGAGACCCAGUUCCCCGGUGGUUCCUUCCUGCGGAUUGGACCGUCUAGCCCGGCAGUACGGCGCUUGACACCUCUUCAGUGUCUCUUUCCGUCUGUCGUUCGUUCUCUCAGCGUUAAAGAACACUGACGUCACUCGGCAGGCGGCGCUUCGCAUCGCUUUAGCAGGCGCUAUCUUACCCAUCCUGCCUUCCAUGUGCGGUUGUACAGCUGUCAUAUACAAGUACAAGUACAUGUACGUAGCCCAGCUUAGCGCUUUCUCUGCCAAGGAAGCGAGACGGACUCCAAUCUUUGGCUUUCCACAUUUGCGUAUCGCGUAUUGCAUCUGCUCGUCGGAUCAUCUCACACACUGAACAUUGCGCAUCUCUUCACCAUCCACUUGUUCUUGAACCUGGUCUAAUAUCAACCGAUACUCAGUGCUCGCUCCGUCUUAUCCCAUGCCAUGGCACCCAACAACAACCACAAGGAGCGAAAGUUCUCCCACCUGCCGCUGAGCACGAGCGGCCCCAUUAGCUGUGCUCUCACCGGCAGCGCCCUGCUCAACACCCCGUACCUCAACAAGGGCACUGCUUUCCCCGAGGAUGAGCGCCGUGAAUUCAACCUCACGGGCUUGUUGCCGCAGAGCGUGCACAAACUCGAGCAGCAGGUGGAACGUGCCUACGACCAGUACAGGAUCCGCCCGGACGAGCUUGCCAAGAACACCUUCCUGACUUCUUUGAAGGAGCAGAACGAGGUAUUGUACUAUCGCCUCUUGCAAGCAAAUCUUCCCGAGAUGUUCAGCAUCGUCUACACGCCCACAGAGGGAGACGCGAUCCAGAAAUUCUCCCAUCUCUUCAGGCGGCCCGACGGCUGCUUUCUCAACAUCAACGACAUUGACCGGGUCUAUCACGAUCUCGCCCAGUGGGGACGCCCAGAGGACAUCGACUACAUCGUCGUCACCGAUGGCGAAGAGAUCCUUGGCAUCGGAGACCAAGGCGUCGGCGGCGUCUUGAUCUCCGUCGCAAAGCUGGUCCUCACAACCGUUUGCGCCGGUAUACAUCCCAACAGAACCCUCCCCGUUGUACUGGACUGCGGUACGGACAAUGAGGGGCUUCUGAACGAUGAUCUAUACCUGGGUCUCCGCCAGAAGCGUGUGCGGGGAGACAAGUACGACCGAUUUGUCGAUGAGUUUGUCAAGGCAUGCAGGAGGCUGUAUCCGCGUGCAUACAUCCAUUUUGAGGACUUUGGUCUUGACAAUGCGAGGAGGAUUCUCGACCGAUACCGCCCUCAUAUCCCGUGCUUCAACGACGAUAUUCAGGGAACCGGCUGCGUGACGCUGGCCGCAAUCAUGGCUGCGUUGCAUGUGAGCAAGCUAAAACUCUCUGACCUGCGCCUGGUCAUCUUUGGUGCGGGGUCGGCCGGCGUUGGGAUCGCAGACCAAGUCCGGGACGCUAUUGCCGCCGAGGGGAACAUCGACAAGAAGGAGGCGGCCAAGCAAAUCUGGCUGGUAGACAGGCCCGGUCUGCUGACCAGCGAAAGCGAGCUGUCUGCCGCUCAGAAGAGCUUUGCGAGAGACUCUUCGGAAUGGAAAGGAAAAGAUAGCUCCCUCCUCGAGGUCGUCAAGACCGUCAAGCCCAACGUCCUUAUCGGGACCUCCACCAAACCCAAAGCAUUCACCGAGGAAGUCGUCCGCGCCAUGGCCGAGGGCGUCGAAAGGCCUAUUAUCCUCCCGCUCUCUAAUCCGACGUACCUGCACGAGGCCGUGCCCAAGGACAUCUACAAAUGGACCGACGGCAAGGCUCUCGUCGCGACGGGGUCGCCGUUUGCGCCUGUCAUUGGUCCUUGGGGCGAGGAGGGCGAGGACAUUGAGAUCGACGUCGCAGAGUGUAACAACUCGGUCGUCUUUCCCGGCAUCGGCCUUGGCUCGGUACUCUCCCGCGCGAGUCUGGUCACGGACAAGAUGCUGGUGGCGGCAGUCGAGGGCGUUGCGUCGUUGAGUCCGGCACUUGAGGAUCAGCGGGCACCUCUACUACCCGGGGUCGAAGAUGUCUGGGACGUCAGCGUAAGGAUCGCGAGGAAUGUGAUCAAGGCUGCUGUCGAGGAGGGCGUGGCGACAGAGGAGGACAUCCCCGACAAUGACGAGGACCUGGACGAGUGGAUUCGCGAGCAGAUGUGGUAUCCCAAGUAUCGGCCACUGAAGCUCGUUGCGUUGAACGAGGCGAGUAGGGAAGCCAAGGGGGAGAUGAAGGUCGCAGGCAGCUUGGCCAAGGUGGGGAACUGGUAGAGGCUUUGGUAAUGUAAACGGUGCAACCCCUAGUGCUUCAUUAUGUAAAUGUUUAAAU